UUUCUCCCUGUCAAUAAUCCUGAAUCCAGACUCUCUCUAUUUCCAUCCCUCUCUAUCUGUCAAUCAGCGCCGCCUUUGAACUGAAAACCACUCCGACCAACUUCAACUCACUCAAUCCGAGCGGCUCGGCUCCUUCUCCGGCUUCCUUUUUCUGCCAAGAUUCCCUUCUUUUUUAGUUUUGUACCAACCGCCAGAGCUUUGGAAAACGCCAGUACAGACCCCAAACUUAAACUCGGACUUUCUAGAUCACCGAGAUCAAGGGUUUAAAACUUUGUGUUUUGCCCCCUUAAAAAAAAAAAAAAAAAAAAAAAAAAAAAAAAAAAAAUUUCUGCUCGGGAAAAAUGCCGCAGCUCAACGGCGGUGGAGGGGACGAUCUGGGUGCAAACGAUGAAAUGAUUGCCUUCAAAGACGAAGGGGAGCAGGAAGAGAAAAUUUCGGAGAACUCCUCGGCAGAAAGGGAUUUAGCAGAUGUCAAAUCUUCUCUCGUAAACGAGUCGGAAACGAAUCAAAACAGCUCGUCGGAUUCAGAGGCGGAAAGACGGCCUCCGCCUAGAUCUGAAACUUUCAGAGACAAAACAAGGGAAAGUUUAGAGGAGGCUGCGAAAAGGCAAGAUGGAGGGCUGUUCAAGAGCCCACCGUACCCGGGCUAUCCGUUUAUAAUGAUCCCCGAUCUCACAAGCCCCUACCUUCCCAAUGGAUCACUUUCUCCAACAGCACGCACAUACCUACAGAUGAAAUGGCCCCUGCUAGAUGUUCAACCAGGAGGUCUUCAAAGUAGACAAGCACUUAAAGAUGCCAGGUCCCCGUCCCCGGCACACAUCGUUGGGCCCUUCUGCUGGGAAUUCCCCGGACAGUCAGAUCUGAGCCUUCACCAAUUUCAUUUGUCUAAUAAGGUUCCAGUGGUACAGCACCCUCACCAUGUGCACCCUCUCACACCUCUGAUCACCUACAGCAAUGAGCACUUCACACCGGGGAACCCCCCACCUCACCUACAGACAGACGUGGAUCCCAAAACAGGUAUUCCAAGGCCUCCACAUCCUCCAGAUAUAUCUCCUUAUUACCCACUGUCACCUGGCACUGUUGGCCAGAUCCCCCAUCCGCUAGGAUGGUUAGUACCACAGCAAGGUCAACCUGUUUAUCCAAUCACAACAGGGGGUUUUAGACACCCCUACCCAACUGCGCUCACUGUCAACGCAUCCAUGUCAAGUCUUCUGUCCUCUAGGUUCCCCCCACACAUGGUGCCCCCUCACCACAGUUUGCACACCACGGGCAUCCCACACCCAGCCAUCGUCACACCCAACGUCAAGCAGGAAUCCUCCCACAGUGACAUCAGCUCUCUCAACAGCUCGAAACAGACAGACGCUAAAAAGGAAGAGGAGAAAAAGAAACAGGUCCACAUAAAGAAGCCUCUGAAUGCCUUCAUGCUCUACAUGAAGGAGAUGCGGGCCAAGGUGGUGGCUGAGUGCACACUGAAGGAAAGUGCCGCCAUCAACCAGAUUCUGGGGCGGAGGUGGCACGCCCUAUCGCGGGAGGAGCAGGCCAAGUACUACGAGCUGGCCAGGAAAGAACGACAGCUCCACAUGCAGCUGUACCCAGGCUGGUCAGCACGAGACAACUAUGGGAAAAGGAAGAAGAGAAAAAGGGAAAAGCAGCAAGCAGAGAGCAAUGAACACAGAGAAUAUUUUCCAAACCCUUGCCUUUCACUCCCUCCGAUUACAGAUGCAAAUACCCCAAAGAAGUGUCGUGCCUUGUUCGGGCUUGACCAGCUGAGUUUAUGGUGCAAACCAUGCAGGUAUAACUGCUGUAGUACCAAUGGGAGGAAGACAUCCACAAUGAGCAGCUUCUUCUCUUUGAUUAUUUGCUCAGAUAUCCCUCUAAAACAUGUUUCCAUCGAUGUGGUAACAGAUGGCAAACUCCUUUGCUCCUUUUCCUUUCUGAGGAGCUUCCUCCUAUAAAUUCCCUCACAGCAAUUUUUCUUCAUUGAACUUGGUUCAAGCCCAGUGGCAGAAAAUGGAUUUCUAAAUAGGAUUACUUACUAUUUUAUCUCAACAAAAUAUCUUUCUGCAAGAUGAUGGUUUCCUAACGUAAUUUGGAAUAACCUUUCUUAGAAUCUGACUUGUUAUGGUUGAAAUCCAUUUUCUCUCCAGGCAGUGGAUAAUUCCCUCCCAUCUUAACUGUCAUGUAUGUUCUAAUUGGCGCCCUUUGAAUAACAAUGUUAUGCUUACAAAUUUAGCCCUGCUUUCUCUGAGGGCCUGCUCAGUGACACUCUUUUCUGUGCCCUCUUCCUCCUCCUUCUCCACCUCUUCUUCCUCCAAACUCCUCUUCAAUAACCCUUACUUAGUCCCUACCUGUUGUCUUUCUGUUCUGACACAAGCAGUCUUUGAAUUGGGAAUAUUUUCAUGGUAGGUAUUUGUUUCUGCUAAGUAAUACCCUUCUCUGUGUCUGGCUUGCACCACACCCUGCCCAACUCUUUCUUGACAUAGCUCUUCAAUACCAACCAUUGCAACACGUUGUUUGUUACUGCUGCUACCCGUUUCAUUUGUAUUGUUUCGAUCGUUUAUAUGGCUAAGCUGGAAAUCAAAGUUUAGUCAGAUGAUUUUUGUAUGUAGCCGCACUUUGCCGUCACAUUAAGAGCUUAUUCUCAGCAGUUUAGAAACCUAUUUCAAAGGACAUUUCAUCACAGUCUAAAAUGUAUUGGAUGUCCAACAGGAAUUUAACAGAUCACCUAUACUUUGGUGUAUUAAAAUUGUCUUUAAAUAUAAGUAGGGCAUCACACUCACCCAGCUCUACACUGUCCGCCAUUAUUUGUGUUCUCACUUGGCUCUCUUAUCUCCCUUCCAGCUGACACACACACAGAAAUACGUCUUUAUUCCUUAAACAACAAAAACAGAUCAUGAGAUCAGGAAACUGGAAAGUGAAAUAAUUCAGUCUUCGUUUUAGGAGCCGAGAGGUUAAAAGUUCUCUCUGGGAUCCAUUUCCUAAAAGAUGCAUCUGGUGUAAUUUCCCCCCGAGACAGAGAAAUCAAUAACAUACACAGGCACAUACUAUGAAUCGAUAUGUCUGUUAAAAAAAUGGAUAUUAGCUCAUUUGUUGCAGUUUGACAGACAGUUAUCGAGAGCAAGAUGUGUAUGUAGUGGCAAAAUGAUACCUUUCUACGUCCAGUCGAUACUCUGCGCCACCCAGUGCUACAGUAUAAGUGUAGAAUGCCCUAAAAGCCUUAUCACCACUCUUUUCUAGACCUUUCUAGUGUUCUAUACUGUCUGGUUUUGUGUGCUUGUACUGUUAAGCUUAUCGGAAAUGCAUGCCUGUCUUUCAUCGUAGCAUGCGACCGAGGUUUCGUGAGCCCCUCUAUGUGUUUUGUUGCUGUCCCUCUCCUCUUUCAUUCUCUCGCUGUUUGUGUUUAUGUAGCAUUUUUCCCCUUCAGAAUUACAGGAAAAGGUUUGAUUUGACAACAGUCUUUCUCUUUCUUUUUAACCUACUCCCUGUCCCUGUGAGUCUUAAAUAUGAAUACUCUUUGGCCUUCAGGCAUCCUUUUGAUAGAAUGGAGAGCUGAGAGAGGGGUCACUGUCAGGGUCAGGGUAAAGAUGAGGUGGGCAGAGAUUCCCCCUUAACCAAAUGUGAACACAGCCCUAGCAGAAGAGUCACCACAGAUAAAUGCAACAAACCCCUACACUCCUUACUCCCUCUUUCCCUCCCCUCCCAUGCUCGCUCAUUGGGUUCCACUGAGCACAAUGGGCCUGGCCCCAGGACUCAGCAGGCAGGGGGAGGGUCCUGACCCCAGGCAGGAAUGUAAGCAUGAUGCCAUGACCCUUCACACACGCACACACACACACACAAACACACACUUGUGUCUGUGGGGCAGAUGCAGGGUAGUGUGGAUCUUGUUGACUUUUUCACCUUGUAUCCAAACUCUGUCCCCUCAGGAGAAGAGUGAGUAGAGCCAGAUAGAGGUAGAGGAGUGAGACAGGUCCAGUAGCCUCAUGUUGCUGGAGAGAACAGGCUGAUCCCCAGAUGUAGCCCUGCCUGUAAGACAGGCUGAGUUUACAUCCAGAGAGCAACCACUACUACACCUAGUCUGCUUCAUUUUAUUCUCUCAUCAUCACCACCAUCUCUGUGUGCUUUCCAUUUCCCUGCUGCUUCCUGUCCAGGUGUUUCACCUGUGAUCUUUCCUUCAUGUCUGUCGUGUCUGAUGGUUUAGUGUUUGGAAACUGUCAUUCCUACCUGUCAUUCAUUCUUCUUAGCACAAUGUCUAUAAAGCUAGUUAAAUGCACCUGCAAAAUAUUAUCUGCGAUCUAAAAGCAGUUUCAAGUAAUGGUUGUCCCUAAUUUAAAAGGCAAAGGUGCAUUUAAGUGAGCGACAGUGCUAAGAGGCAUUGUAGUUUGAAGAUGUGAUGUUAAAAGACGUUCUCUUUCUCUCGCCUUGUCCCUCAGGAGAAAAAAAAAGUGCAUUCGCUACAUCCAAGGUGAAGGCAGCUGUGCCAGUCCUCCCUCUACGGACGGAAGCUUACUAGACUCCCCCCCAUCCUCCCCCUCC